GUUUUUCAAGUAUAGCGGGAUGUCCGUUUGUACGUGAAUGCAUCAGGACGGCGAGCAGGUAGAGUGACAAUGAGAUCCCAGGGGAGCGACAGAGUCCUGGAGAUAAACUUUUAAGACGGUGUCAUAACUGUACACGCCGUUUCUCCACGCUCUCGGUUUCAAAUGGAGACUAAACGGAGGCCGAGGAACUUUUACAUGACACUUUCUGCACGCUUUGGUCCUCGAGCUCGUGCGUAUUUCUUAAUAGGCGAUUCAUUUUCCGUCGGGGUUCUUUGAAGGCUCGGAUCUAAGUUCUUCUUCUUCACAGGAGCACAUUUUCAGAUAAAGGAGGAAGAUCUGUUUUUUACAUUUUCUUUUGAAAUGGUUUACAGAGUUCAGUCUAAUAACAAAGUAAUACGUGAAGUUGCGCUCGGUUUUUAUUUUUUUUAAAGGGGGAUAUAUAGUUGAAGAGGAUAUAUUUUGGCCGCACUUGGUGAAAAAGCUCUUACACAACCAUCGCAUGUGUCCGCCCGCGCGCCUCUGAUCUGUCCGGCGGCAACCUGUGGCCCGGCCUUUGAAGUUCAAGUCACCCGAGGAUUUACAGCCUGAUGCGGGAAGGGUCACGCAACACGGAGACAAACGCGGUCCACAGCCUCCUGAACUCCUCGUGCCGUUUCGGUUCGGCUCCAGCCCGCAGUAAUGACACUGGAUCCUAGCUCGCUGGAGCCCGUCUGCUCACGGAACUUCUCUUCCGAUUUUAACUGUGGUGCUGGAUGGAAGUAGUAGGACUGUGGUGUUCUUCUGGAGGUUCUCCAGCCCUGAAGGUUUGGAUUAUAUCAGUAAAGUAGUCCACUUCCAGGCGAAACUUCAGUGCGUGCACCUGCGCGCACACGUCCUCGACCCCCCUUCCUUUCCCCCCGUUUUUUUCUUUUUUUUUUUUUUUAACCCGCAGUGCUCGCCUGCUUUGAAGUCCACCAUGUGCGGCCGGGCACCGCCGCCACAGCCGAGGCCAUGACCGUCCCCCCGCGGCGCCUGGCCGGGCUCUGGCCGUGGCUGCUCAUGGCGGCCCUGCAGGUGGUGCUGGGCCAGCCGGGCCUGGAGUCCGAGCACCCGCUGCUCCGCGCGCUCAUCAAGGUGACUCUGCUGAAGCACGAGGCCACGGGGAAGCCCAUCGUCGUGGAGGGACUAUUCGUGGGAGGAAGCGCCGGGAAAGCGGAGGGCAGACUGAUGCAGUAUCACCCUCUGUCUCUGUGCAACACAAGCGAGGAUGAACGGCAAGACGGAGACUUCAUCACCAUCGUCAAGCUGGAGCACAGGGUGCCCCGCUGCCUGCCGCUGCUCGACAAGGCCCGCAUGGCACUGGAUAAAGGAGCUCAGGCCGUAAUCUUUGAUGUCAGCGAUGACGCCAACGCCGCCGCCGAGCUGCGGGAAGCAAACUCCUUUCCCCGUCCGGUGGUGCUGGUGGAGGCUCAGGGUGCUGAGGACCUGAUGGGUUUGGUCAACAAGAACGAGGAGGCCAAUGUUGUUAUUGAGAUCAAAGUGGAGCCUAAGUGGCUACAUUAUGACGUGAGCAUCCUGCUCACAAUCAUCCUGGUCAUUUUCACCAUCGUCCUGAUCUUUGUUUUCCGCUACAAGUGCAAGUCCAACAGAACCUGGGAUUCUGUCCACCAGCAGACAGUGCAGGCUAUCAACCGGCUGGAGACAAAAACCUACAGCACCCAGAACUGUUCGGGGUCACAGCGCCACCGGGGGGCCUGGGGCUCGGCCAGCAGCUCCAACUCCAGCCCGGUCUGUGCUAUCUGCCUGGAGGAGUUCCAGGAUGGACAGCAUCUUAGGAUCAUCUCCUGUGCUCACGAGUUCCAUAAGGACUGCGUGGACCCCUGGCUGCUGCAGCACCGGACAUGCCCCCUCUGCAUGCACAACAUCAUGGGAACGGAGCGCCAGGCUCAGAGGAACAGAACCCAGCAGAACUCAGAGCAAAGCCAGGGCUUCCUGCACUCUCAGCCUUACAGUAACCCUCCGCACCACCCCUUUCCCCAACAUGCCAUCCCCUUCUCCAUGAGGCCCCUCUACCCCCGCGGGCUUUCUGGACCAUAUCCUAAUCUGGGCCACUACAGCGGCUCUUCUCCUAUGGACACUCAGACUCUACAUUUCCUCAGCAGCAGGCAGCUGGGUGCAGGCUGUGGAUACCACCACCCCGCAGAGGUUCCUGGGAGGCCCCACAGAACCGGAGGCAGCUGCAGGACCCCCACACACCACUACACCCCUCGGCGGUCCUGCCACAACUACCGUUCCUUCUGUCCAGCUCAACGCAGUGUAUCAAGCUCCAGACUGCAACACACCGUCUCUGUCGCACCUCAGAGCAGAGGGGCAGCGGCCCGCAGCCGGCAGGACGAGGCCAGCUGCUCAGGGGGCAGCUAUCACACAGACCGGAGUGGUUACUUUCCAGAUGGGCCAGCCAGUGACUCCAGCUCAGGGCCCUGCCACGGCUCUUCCAGCGACUCGGUUCUGAACUGUACAGACGUCUCGCUGCAGGGAGUUUAUGGGAGCUGGUCCACCUUCCGGAGCUCCCUGAGUAGUGACUAUGAUCCGUUUGUGUAUUACGGGCCGGGUGCUGGGCGGGUUCCAAACACAAAUAGCCCAGAGGUGAGUUCCCAGGUCCGGCCCAGGUCUCUGGAUUCUGUGAUGAACAAAGCGGGCUCUCCUGAAGAGCAGCCACAGACUGUUUCCAUCCACUACCACCGGCACCGACACCACCACUACGAGGAGGGGGAACACAGCCAGGGCCCGAACAGAGGCUCCGAUGAGGAGCAGGGGGCGGGCGCUGCCGCUGCAGCUCCUCUCUCUGCUCUCAUCAGGGACAAAGACUCGCCUGUGUGUGUCCCAAAGCACAGCUCAUGCCACUGCCUCAAACCAGACCCCACUGGUGGGCUUAGUUCUGGGACUGAAUAUCAGGACCACGACCCCAACUGCCCCACGGUACCUCCUGUCCUUGUAUCCCCGAUCCCCUUACAGCUGCAGUCCCACUGCUGCCACCAGAGUCACGGACACCUCCAUGCUCCUCAGGGGCGAGUGGGGGGCUGUCUGCUGGACGGCCCCUCUGUCCACUUCCACCAGAGCUUAGAUCUGCAGGACGACCGCAACAUCCACAUCCACUACGGCGAGGGCCCAAGCUUCUGCUGCUCCCCUCCUGAGCUCCACCCUGCCCUGCUCCCGGUUCCUCUCAUUCUAGACUCUGGAGGAAUGGAGGACUGGCCGUGUUGUGCCGGAACGCAUGUUGUGUGGCAGAAACAGGUGCAGCAGGCCCACUCAGAGCCUCAGCUUGUGGGGGCUGGGAUCUCGAUGGACAGAACGCCAUGCAGGUUCCACCAGGGGCCGGCUGGUGACCGCAGCACAGACUUUUGUUCAUACUGCCAAUCAUUACACAGCAAUCAGGGAUCAGAGGAGGAGUCUGGGGUGUAGCUGCUCCCGCUGCCACACAGGAGCCGGAGCGGAAAAGCCUCUCCUCGGCUCGCGUUUCUUCCUGGAAUUCCAGCAGCAAUUGUUCCGACGGUGCCUCAGCUGUCCACAGAAGAUCUCCGAUUGCCAUGAUAAAAAUCUUUAUUUUGGAGUAACCCUAAACCUUCUGUGAUAUCUGAUAAGAGUUCACACUUAAUGAUUUGCUGGUGUGAAAGACGGAGUGUUUAAUGGGGAAACAACUGUUGCGUCUCAUCUGGGGGAGCAUUCACCAGAUUCCCACGCUCCCUGGUGAGAGCCGGCAAAUGAUCUUUGCUUACGGUGUUCAUCCCGCAUGAAGUGAGACUCCCGUCUCUGCGUCACACACUCUGUUGUAAAAUAACUUGAUUUAGGGUAAAGGUACGUCAUAUUUGUUUGCGCAAUGUUUGCCUUCCUUCUGAGGCCAGCUUAGGCUCAGAAAUGCUUUUCUCUCCAGCCUACCUCAGCUCAGAGUUGAAUCUCCCUCACCAGGGGAGCCUUCAAAGGUACUGCUGUAGUGAUUUCUUUCUCUCCCAAACAUGUAGCACCCUCAUACUCAGCAAAAAGGAACCACGUCAGCCGGGUUUGUCCAAACGGAGAGAAAAAGAUUCAUGUGUCGCCUCCAAAGCAACUGGUUGUUGAUCCCUGUGGGGCUUGUUUUCAUUAUUUCAAUUAUGGCAGCUGUUUUGUUUUUGUUUGUUUUGUUGUUUUUUUUCACCUUUCAUAAAACCUGGUCUGACUGAAUCCUGUUGUUAAAAGCUAUGCCUUAUAUUUCUUCCCGUGGAACAGUGGUCUCUUCAGAAGGAUGACAGCCAUACCCCCCCAUUCCCCAAAAGUGUUAUAGUGGCCUUCACCGAAAUACCGCUUUGGAGUCAUGCCGA